AAAGGAACAAAAGAGAAAAUAAAAAAAUAAAAUAUAAUACUCCAGAUGAAUCAGGACCGUUCACCCUAAAAUAGUGAACGGUCCUGAUGCAACCGCGAAGAUGAAUCACUAUAGCCGUGUUGAAGGGGAGGUGGAGAAGGUGGAGGAGGACCGUAGGAGGAGUUGAUUCUGAAGAAGACAAAGGGAGUUGAAAGCACAGCCAUGGGAGAAGGAAGAAGGAAAGGAAGGAGAGGACCCAGCACCAAUAGCAGCCGCAAAAGCAACAGUAACAGCAAGAGCAAAGGCAAAAGAAGAGGUUCAAACCCAUCGCCAUCUUCAUCCGUUAAAGGGGCUCUGUUUGUGGAAGGAGGUCUUUUAUCUGAUUGGAACUCCACGCCCACCACCAAAACUCAAGGAAAAAAACCCGGUGUGAAUAAGGAAUCUGGGUCUAAAUCUAGAAGCUUUGAUCGAAAAAUAGCGGCUUGUACUUCUAAAAAUGCGCCUCGAAACUCCAGUGAAAACCAUUUUGGUUAUCGAUACCCUUCCGUUGAUCUUCAGGGGGGUUUGCAUCCAGGAUCACAUGUUGAGAGAAAUGAUAAAAAUAAUAAUUUUGAUGAGUCGCGACCUUUUGUUUUAGUUGAUUCCAAGGAGGCCCAGAUUUUUGCUUAUGUUGACAAAACACCAUCUUCUAGGCCCAAUGAUGUGGAAAUUACUUAUGAUUAUGGUUCAAAUUUAAUCUUAGGUGACAGCUCUCAUAGAGGAUUGGGAUUCUCUGACAAACUUGAGGGGACUUCAAGUGGUGUUGAAGCUUCCGCAGAGCAAAUGAAAGAACAAGAAGAGUCAUGUUUUGACUCAUCCUCCUCUGAGAAGGAAAUGAAUACAGAGGAGAGAAGCAAUCAUGAAUUAGGUGUCAAUGUCACUGAAGAUUUACCAGCAAUAACGGUGUCUCCAAAGAAAAAUUCUGGUUUCGUGUCAAUUGGAGGCAUGAAGUUGUACACUCAAGAUAUAUCUGAUGAGGAAAGUGAUGAAGAUGGAGAUGAAGAUGAAGAAGAGGAAAUGGUGGAUGGAGAAAGCUCGGAGUCUUCUGGGCAAGGAGGAACAUCUGGAUCAUCUGAAAGUGAUGACUCUGAAGACAUGUCUGACAGUGAUUUGGAUGUUGAUGACCAGGUUGCAGAAGACUAUAUAGAAGGAAUUGGUGGGAGCCACAACAUUUUGAAAGCAAAAUGGUUGGUUGAGCAGGAAUUUGAUGAGUCAGACGAUGAUACUUCUUCAAGCACUGAUUAUGAUGACACCUUGGAGAAAUUGGGUGGAGUCACACUUCAAGAAGCAUCUAGGGAGUAUGGAAUGAAGAAGGCCCAUCCAAGGCAAAAAUACAAGGUGUCUACAGUGGAUUCUUGGUCUUUGGCAAUGGAUGAUCUUACACUUGUAAAGGAUCCAAGAGCUGUUCAUCCAAAAAAGAAGCAUGUUGCCCGUUUUCCUCAAUCUUGGCCUUCAGAGGCUUAUAGGAGUAAAACUUCCAGACGUUUUCCUGGUGAAAAGAAGAAACAUCGAAAAGAAUCUAUUGCCAAGAAGCGGAGGGAGAGAAUGCUGCACCGAGGUGUUGAUCUUGAGGAAAUAAACUUAAAAUUAGAACAGGUCGUUUUGGAAGAAAAAGAUAUAUACUCGUUUCAACCUAUGCACUCCAAAGAUUGUUCUCAGGUACGGCGAUUGGCAGGAAUAUAUCGCUUGCGAAGUGGCAUUCAAGGUUCUGGCAAGAAAAGUUUUGUAACAGUAACACGGACACCACAUACCUGCAUGCCAUCAUCUGGUGAUAGACUUCGUUUGGAAAAGCUGUUAGGAGCUGGCAUGGAAGAUGCUGAUUUUGCUGUGGCUGAGAGCUCAAAUAUAAAAUCAGACAGUGCAGAUAAGAAGAGGUCUAAGAAAUUCGUAAAAGGGAGUGGUCUUAGCCCUUCCGGACUUGAAUCUGCCCCAAGAAAGACAUCAAAGAUCUCAACAAGCCGCCGUGGCAGUGGCAGAGUCAAUGAGUUUAAAAAGACUGGGAAGAAGGAUUCAUAUGCUAAUCAACCCGUCUCAUUUGUAUCUAGUGGUGUCAUGCAAGAAACUGUUAAGAUCAUGACUGUUGAUUCAGUAGAGAUGGAUUCUGGUUGUAAAAAUGAUAAUUCUGCUGGACCAGCAGAUAUUGGUGCAUUUGAGGUGCAUACUAAGGGUUUUGGAUCAAAAAUGAUGGCUAAAAUGGGAUUUGUUGAAGGUGGUGGUUUAGGAAUAGAAGGUCAAGGUAUCGCACAGCCCAUUGAAGUAAUCAAACGGCCUAAAUCACUUGGAUUAGGGGUGGAGUUCUCCGAUGCUGCUGACAAUGGGACAAGGAGUAACCCAGUAAGAAACAAAUCUCAAACAAUUGGAGCUUUUGAAAAGCAUACCAAGAGGACUAGAAGUGACCCAGGUCAAAAAAUUGGAGCUUUUGAAAAGCAUACUAAAGGGUUUGGAUCAAAGAUGAUGGCAAAGAUGGGAUUUGUUGAAGGCAUGGGGUUAGGGAAAGAUUCACAAGGCAGGGCCAACCCUCUGGUUGCUGUCAGGCUACCAAAAUCAAGAGGAUUGGGUGCUGAAGGUUAAGAGUUAUAUAACCUUAUUGAAUUUCUCAGCUAACCAUUAGAUUUGCCAAAUUAUGUACUUUAAUUUACACAUUCAUCAUAAAGUUAUAAGAUAUAUGUAUUAUUAUUAUUAUUAUUAUUAUUUUAAGUAUGGGAAUUGGCGAUUCUAACUCAGAAUCAUUGUCUAAGAUAAUAGUGUUUUGCCACUAGUUGUUCUCAAGGGGACUGUUUAUCUGUUAUUAUUCUUCCCAGCUUUCUUCAAUCAGAUUUAUUAUAUGAUUAUGUUUA